AAUUGAUGCAGAUGAAAAGAAAGGAGAAGGGGGCAAAAGUACAGAUGGAGAAAAUGGAGAUGGAGGGAAGGAGAGGUCAGGUGCAAAGAGAGAAGAUGAUAAAACGUCAGGUGAAAAAAGUACGGAAGAGGAUAAGAGGUCAGGUGGAAACAAUGGAGAGGAUGAUAAGAGGUCAGGUGAAAAUGGAGAAAAAGAUUAUAAGAUGUCAGGUGAAAAAAAUAAGGAAGCGGAUCAGAGGUCAGGUGGAAACAGUUGUGAGGAUGAUAAUAGGUCUGGUGGAAACAGUGAAGAAGAUGAUGAGAGGUCAGGUGGAAACAGUAAGGAAGACGAUCAGAGGUCAGGUGGAAACAGUGUAGAAGAUGGUACAAGGUCGGGUGGAAACAGUAGUGAGGAUGAUGACAGGUCCGGUGGACACAGAAGAGGAGAAGGUUAUAAGAGGUCAGUUGGAAACAGUGUAGAAGUUGAUACAAGGUCAGGUGGAAAUAGUAGUGAGGAUGAUGACAGGUCCGGUGGACACAGAAGAGGAGAAGAUGAUAAGAGGUCAGGUGGAAACAGUGAGGAAGAGGAUAAGAGGCCAGGUGGUAACAGAGUAGGUGAUAAGAGGUCAGGUGGAAACAGUGAGGAAGAGGAUCAGAGGUCAGGUGGAAACAGUGAAGAAGAUGAUAAGAGGUCAGGUGGAAACAGUGAGGAAGAUGAUAAGAAGUCAGGUGGUAACAGAGUAGGUGAUAAGAGGUCAGGUGGAAACAGUGAGGAAGAUGAUAAGAAGUCAGGUGGUAACACUGAGGAAGAGGAUCAGAGGUCAGGUGGAAACAGUGAAGAAGAGGAUCAGAGGUCAGGUGGAAACAGUGUAGAAGUUGAUACAAGGUCAGGUGGAAACAGGUCUGAUGACAGGUCCGGUGACAGGUCCGGUGGACACAGAAGAGGAGAAGGUGAUAAGAGGUCAGGUGGAAACAGUGAGGAAGAGGAUAAGAGGCCAGGUGGAAACAGUUGGGAAAAGGAUAAGAGGUCAAGUGGAAACAGUGGAGAAGAUGGUAAGAGGUCAGGUGGAAACAGUGGGGAAGAUGAUAAGAAGUCAGGUGGAAACAGCAAGGAAGAGGAUCAGAGGUCAGGUGGAAACAGUAGAGAGGAUGAUAACAGGUCCAGUGGAAACAGAAGAGGAGAUGAUAAGAGGUUAGGUGGAAACAGAAAAAAAGAUGAUAAGAUGUCAGGUGAAAAAAGUAAGGAAGAGGAUCAGAGGUCAGGUGGAAACAGUUGUGAGGAUGAUAAUAGGUCUGGUGGAAACAGAGGAGAAGAUGAUAAGAGGUUAGGUGGAAACAGUGUAGAAGUUGAUACAAGGUCAGGUGGAAAUAGUAGUGAGGAUGAUGACAGGUCCGGUGGAAACAGAAGAGGAGAAGGUGAUAAGAGGUCAGGUGGAAACAGUGAGGAAGAGGAUAAGAGGCCAGGUGGAAACCGUGGAGAAUAUAAUAAGAGGUCAGGUGGAAACAGUGAGGGGGAGGAUAAGAGGCCGGGUGGAAACAGUGGGGAAAAGGAUAAGAGGUCAGGUGGAAACAGUAGAAAAGAUGAUAAUAGGUCAGGUGGAAACAGAGGAGAAGAUGAUAAUAUGUCAGGUGGAAACAGUGGAGAAGAAGGUGAUAAGAGGUCCGGUGGAAACUGAUGGGGGAGAAGGGUUUUAGAGGUCAGGUGGAAACAGUAAGGAAGAGGAUAAGAGGUCAGGUGGAAACAGAGGAGAAGAUGAGAGGUCUUUUUUUGGGGCAAACCUGUGGCAAACUUUCUGCAGUCUUGUGGAAAAUUUUAGGAAAACUAAAUAGUGUGACACAAAAUGUUGCCAGAAGUUUGCAAAUGUUUGCCACUAGUAGUUAAUCUGCGGCAAACCUUUGGCAACGGUAAUAUGUAUUGCCACUAGUGGCAAACAGUUGGCCAGAGGUUUUUUUCUUGCAAACAAUUCUCUUAAGAUUCUAUUUGAUUCUGUGGCGAACAUGUGGCAACAAUAUGUAUUGCCACUAGUGGUAAACAGUUUACCAGAAGCCAUUCUGGGUGAGCACACGAGUUCCAAGACCAGGAAUCGUUGAUGACCAAUCAUGGGGAUUACAAAAAAAGUUUGGAAAAUGGAAACCAAGUUAUCUAGCUCGCUACCUACCAAAGUCUGCCGCAACAAAUUCCUUUUUGUUACGUUAAUUAAACUUCCUAAUAAACUUUAAAAUUGUUAGCUGAUAAUUAUCACUGAGAAGAAUAUGAAAAUCAUACAGUCAAUGGUUCUGUAUUUCUACAUUGUUUAGAGGUCUACUCUAAGCAUGAGACACAUUUCAGCCAGCUUCCUGUUACAGUAUUACUACAUCCCAUACAUCCAGUACAUGCCAUUUGAUGUACACCUUGAUCUGAAAUACCAGUUUUGACAUGACAAUGAACACAGCAGGGGAGUUGGCUAAACACACAAACAUAUCUGGUACCAGGCUAGUCUACCACUGAGUCAAAUAAGAAACACUCUUUCCACAACAGAAGGAAGAAGAGGUCGCCAGAUUAUAUAUAAUGCUGCUCCAUAGUAAAUGACUUGCUAGGUGUCAGUAAUUGCCUCUUACAUCAGAACACCUGACAAAGCCUGGCCUUUGACCCUACCCCUCCCUCUCCAGUACCAGGGGUCAGUACAGACCCCACUGUGGCUGCAGUCCUGGGGGUCAGUUCUGCUGUCUGUCUCCUGGCUGCCCUGAUGGUGGACUACAGGAGGUACCACUCCUGCAGUUGCACUUGACUCAAUGUGAUGUGAAUGACUGCUGAUGGAAAUUCAGAAUCCAUUAGGGAUUUUUUUGUUUGUUUAUUGUCUGAACUUAAAAUGUAUUUCAUGCAUGUUCAGAAAUUGUUGAGACUGUCAACAAGAUAUGUAUUUUUCGUGCAUACAUUUUUGAUA